AUGACAGGAGUGUUUGACAGAAGAGUUCCCAGCAUCCGAUCCGGCGACUUCCAAGCUCCGUUCCCGACGUCUGCCGCCAUGCACCAUCCGUCUCAGGAAUCGCCAACUUUGCCCGAGUCCUCGGCCACCGAUUCUGACUACUACAGUCCCGCGGGGGCCGCCCCGCACGGCUACUGCUCUCCUACCUCUGCUUCCUACGGCAAAGCGCUCAACCCCUACCAGUACCAGUACCACGGCGUGAACGGCUCCGCAGCCGGCUACCCGGCCAAGGCUUACGCCGACUACAGCUACGCCAGCCCCUACCACCAGUACGGCGGCGCCUACAACCGCGUCCCGAGUGCCAGCAGCCAGCCAGAGAAAGAAGUGGCGGAGCCAGAGGUGAGGAUGGUGAAUGGUAAACCAAAGAAAGUUCGUAAACCCAGGACUAUUUAUUCCAGCUUUCAGCUGGCCGCAUUACAGAGAAGGUUUCAGAAGACUCAGUACCUCGCCCUGCCAGAACGCGCCGAGUUGGCUGCCUCUCUAGGACUGACGCAAACACAGGUGAAAAUCUGGUUUCAGAACAAAAGAUCCAAGAUCAAGAAGAUCAUGAAAAACGGGGAGAUGCCCCCGGAGCACAGUCCCAGCUCCAGCGACCCUAUGGCGUGUAACUCGCCACAGUCACCAGCGGUGUGGGAGCCCCAGGGCUCAUCCCGCUCUCUCAGCCACCACCCUCAUGCCCACCCUCCGACCUCCAACCAGUCCCCCGCGUCCAGCUACCUGGAGAACUCGGCUUCCUGGUACCCAAGCGCAGCCAACUCAAUCAAUUCCCACCUGCCGCCGCCGGGCUCCUUGCAGCACCCGCUGGCCCUGGCCUCCGGGACGCUCUAUUAA